CUGUAUAGGAAAUCCGUUACAAACCCCUACUGUGGUAGUUUUUCCAUUUACAAAUAUCAAAAACAAAAAUCAACCGCGCCUUUCUUUCUGUUUUGGUCCGAACCAACCGCCAAAUUUGGGUUUCUCAGCCGGAGUGAAAUUACGAUUUUGAUUCUCUCUCUCUAUCCCGAAAUUUUGAAAUGAAUUUCAUAAAGAUUAGUUGAUGGAGGCGUCAACAUUUCACCUAUUCAUACUAGGGUUUCUACUAGCCGUUGCAACGCGCUCUCACGGUGAAUCCUCGACGUGCCUGACGGUGUACAAAGAAGGCGGCGCUCCGGCGGUCUUUCAAUCCCCAAAAUGCCCUCGCUGGAAGCACUCCGAUUACACCUCCGAUUCUCGAACCACCUCGCGUUGCCAAUCGGCGAUGCUUCAAGGUCGCCGGAGGUCUAUGGAGGACCGCACUCUCUGCGCUCUCGAUCUUCGCAUUCCCUUCCCCGGUAGGGUAGGGAUCAAGGAGGUAACAGUUGGAGUUGUGGCGGUUUUCGAUGGUCAUAAUGGAGCUGAAGCCAGUGAUAUGGCUUCGAAGCUUUUCUUGGAGUAUUUCGUUUUGCAUACCUACUUUCUUAUUGAUGCAUCAUACUCUGCUAAGUUGAAGAAAGCUUCAGGGAGUUUGGAAACUAGUAAAGAUCAUUAUACUCUUUCUCGACGGCAUAAUUGGGAUGGCCUACUACAUGGACAUGAAUUGGACAUUGGAAGGUUUACACAUUCAUACGAAGCAACAGUUGAUGAUUCUUAUCACUUUGAAAUUUUGAAAGAAGCAUUGUUGAGGGCAAUUCAUGAUGUUGAUGCAAAAUUUUCUAAGGAAGCGUAUAGGAAAAAUCUUGAUUCUGGUUCCACAGCCACAGUUGCACUACUUGCUGAUGGUCAAAUCUUAGUUGCCAAUAUUGGAGACUCAAAGGCUUUUCUUUGCUCAGAAAAAUUUCGAUCCCGGGCAGAGGCUAAAGCCGCUUAUAUAAGAUUAUACAGGCAGGAAAGAAGUAAUGGUGCUAUUUCACAUCUAAGAAACCAUGAAAACUUUGGAUUGACUUCCUCCGCUGGACUCAUGCAUUUUUCAGUUAAGGAAUUGACAAGAGAUCAUCAUCCGGACAGAGAUGAUGAAAGAGCUAGGGUGGAAACUGCUGGUGGCUAUGUUUUGAAAUGGGGCGGUGUGCACCGAGUAAAUGGUGAACUUGCUAUUUCCCGAGCUAUCGGUGAUGUCUCCUUUAAAAGUUAUGGCGUUACAUCUGCACCAGAAUUGACGGAUUGGCAAACCCUGACUGUGAAUGAUACCUAUCUGGUGGCUGCGUCUGAUGGAGUUUUUGAGAAGAUGAGUUUGCAGGAUGUUUGUGAUUUGUUGUGGGAAGUACGAAGUUUCAAUCCUGGGAGAUCAGAUCUUUCUUCCUCAUGUUCGUACUCAUUAGCUGACUGCAUAGUGGGUACUGCAUUUGAAAAGGGCAGUAUGGAUAACGUGGCAGCUGUUGUUGUUCCAUUGGCAUCUAUUGGUUUUGAUGACAGUUUGUUGAAGGAAAGUGCAUAUCAAGAAGGAAACAAUGAUCGUACAGUAUUAGGAACACAGAAGUUGACCUAUGAAGGAUCAGGUAAUAAGCUCAGUUACGACCUAAAGCAAUUGGACUAUGCUCAUCCAGUUAUUGCCAAGUUUAAGAGGUUAUUGGUAGAAGGAAAACAUGGCUGUGUUGGCUGUUUUUAUUUAUCCGAGAACCUUGAUGAACAUGCGGAGUAUGUGUUGCAAACAAUGGAUGACCAUGAAGAUUAUGUGUAUGACCUGCCCCAGGCUCUUCCACAUGCUCUUGACCAACACUUUGGUGGACUUCUAAGUUUGUACCAUAACCAGAACUUUUGCAUGCACCUCGGAAUUGAUGCUGAAAAUGGUAGAGAUCAAUGCAUAAAUGGCUUUGCCAGUUUCCUUGCUUUGCUUGAAUCAAUUCCUUUCGAUGAUGCUGGUUCAAAUAAUGGAUCAUUUGAGAAUUCGAUUCCCGAUAUGAGGUAUGUACUAAAGAAGAGGUUUGGUCGUGGAUCUUAUGGUGAAGUAUGGCUGGCUUUUAGUUGGAAUUGUGACCGAGACAGAAACGCUUCAGACUCAAGCCCUCGUGAUGAAAAUCUGUUCAUCUUAAAACGGAUAAUGGUGGAGAAAGGGGCCACUGUUUAUUUAAGUGGUUUACGUGAAAAGUAUUUUGGAGAAGUUUUUCUUAAUGCAUCUAAUUGUCUUGGAGGUUCACUAUCAGCUGCCACAUCAAAUUCUGUUUUGAAUGUAUCAUGGUUCAAUUUCUAUGGCCUAGUAGAAAGAAAUGAUUCAAUGGCAGAUGAAAUAGGAAAUAGUUGGACUACUGAAAGCUUGUUUGGAAACAAAUUUAGACUGCAUACCGAUUUUUAUGAAGAAGGUCUGAACCAUAUUGCUAGAUAUGUAGAGUCCUUCGAAUCCCGAGCAAAUGAAAUAUGGCUAGUAUUUCGUUAUGAGGGUAUAUCUUUAUCGAAGCUUAUCUAUACUGUUGAAGAAGACAUGAAUGCUGAUGAAGGGAGGGAUGAAAAAGUGAAGCAUGUACAGAUCUUGCGUCCAUCGAAAUGGUGGCAUUGGUUGAAGACAACAAAAGAAGGACAGGAGCAAAUGCGCAGUCUUAUAUGGCAGUUGUUGAUGGCAUUGAAGUCCUGUCAUGACCGCAAUAUUACCCACAGAGAUAUCAAACCUGAAAACAUGGUGCUAUGCUUUGAAGAGCAAGACACUGGGAGGUGUUUGAAAGGAAUUCCACAUGGAGAAAAUUUUACCUCAAAAAUGCGCAUUAUUGACUUCGGUAGUGCAAUGGAUGAGUUCACUUUGAAGCAUUUGUAUGGUUCCACUGGACCAUCCAGAGCUGAACAGACGAAUGAAUAUACUCCUCCUGAAGCCUUACUUAAUGCUAAUUGGUAUCAAAUGCCAACAAACACAACUUUGAAAUAUGAUAUGUGGAGUGUUGGUGUUGUGAUCUUAGAGUUGAUCUUAGGAUCACCAAAUGUUUUUGAGAUCACUAGUUACACACGUGCGCUUUUAGACCAGCAUCUUGAAGGAUGGAAUGAAGGCUUAAAGGAGCUAGCAUACAAGCUUAGAUCACUCAUGGAGCUGUGUAUACUAAUCCCCGGUAGUUUCUUACACCAUCACCACACAGACCGAGUUGGAGCAUCACCAGCUUCCUGGAAAUGCUCGGAAGAAUUUUUCUCCCAUCAAAUAAAGAGCAGAGAUCCUCUUAAGUUGGGGUUUCCAAAUGUUUGGGCUUUGCGGCUGGUGCGCCAGCUAUUACUCUGGGACCCUGAAGAAAGGGUGAGUGUUGAUGAUGCUUUGCGGCAUCCAUAUUUCCAGCAUCCUCCUCCCACAGAUUCAGUUAAUGGGAAGUAAUAAUACCGAUUAUGUACGGUGUUUUAGACUGAUUUUAGAGGUUUUACAUGCAAAUCAUCUAGUUCAAAGCUUUACUUCCUGUGCAAAAUGUUUUCAACUGAUACUCUGGAGACGCUUCAAUUUUUUCAGCUUCUUCAUCAUCGUUGGGAUCUUUAUCUACUUUUUUUUUUUUACCUAUAUUUGUAUGUGUUUGUUAUGACAAGGCCGUAUUUUGUUAAAAGUUAUUUGCUCGACGUUUGAAACUGUAUAUAUGUAGCAAGAGCAGUUUGCGAAAAAUAGAAACUGCAUAUAUGUAGGACUUGUGAAGCUGACCUCACUGAAACUGUACAUAUGAGUUCUCUAGUCGCAUGGUAAAAAGUAAUUUUUUAGUGUUAUACGAA